AUGGUGCAUCUAGAUAAUAUGUUAGGCUUAGAUCAAAAAUCCAACUGGAUUGUGCAAAAGUUUGGCGGUACCAGUAUUGGUAAAUUUGCUGAGAACAUUGUUAGAGAUAUUAUCAAGGUUAAUUCUGCCGACAAGAUAAACAAGGUUGCGGUGGUGUGUUCUGCCCGUUCGUCUUAUACUAAGUCGGAAGGAACUACUUCGAGGUUGCUCGAAGCAUGCAAUUUGGCGUCUAACAAUGACCAGUCGUUCCAAAAUGUUUUGCAAUUGGUCCGAGAUGAUCACAUCAAGAAUGCUGAGAUAUAUAUUCAGGAUGAGGAGUUGCGUUUGCAGUUGAUUGAAGACACUAACUCUGAAAUGGACUUGGUGGAGCGUUAUUUGCAAGCAUCACAAAUUCUCGGUGAAGUUUCGAAGCGUACCAUGGACCUCAUUAUGUGUGUUGGAGAAAAACUGUCGUGUUUAUUCAUUACUGCGCUUUGUAAGGCCUACGAUGUGGAUGCGGAAUACGUCGACUUUUCAUCCGUUAUUCCACAGGAUCUAACUGAAGAUAACGACCUGGAUAAUGCGUUUUAUGCGUCAUUAGCGGUUAGUUUCAAGCAGACACUAGCUCCAAUUGUUAGAGCUAAUAUGGAAGGUAGGCAUAUUGUUCCUGUCAUCACUGGGUUUUUCGGUCUUCUUCCAAUGGGUCUGCUGAACAGUGUCGGGCGUGGAUACACUGAUUUAUGUGCUGCAUUGGUUGCUGUUGCAUUGAAUGCAGACGAGCUGCAAGUUUGGAAGGAAGUUGACGGUAUAUUUACAGCAGACCCUCGGAAGGUCUCUGAGGCUAGGCUGCUGGAUACUGUUACACCUGAAGAAGCAGCAGAAUUAACCUACUACGGUUCGGAGGUUAUCCAUCCAUUUACAAUGGAACAGGUUAUAAGGGCAAAGAUUCCAAUCCGUAUAAAAAACGUCCAAAAUCCAACCGGUCAAGGUACUGUGAUUUAUUCUGAUACCAUUGCAAGAAAGGGUGAGGCCACACCACCUCAUCCUCCUGUUAAUAUUCCUUCAUCUUACUUUGAACAUAAAAGACGUGGUGCCACUGCCAUUACUGCAAAGAACGACAUCGUUGUUGUUAAUAUCCACUCCAACAAGAAAACGCUGUCGCAUGGCUUCUUGGCACAAAUAUUUUCCACUUUGGACAAAUAUAAACUCAUUGUUGAUUUGAUUUCCACAAGUGAAGUUCAUGUUUCCAUGGCAUUGCCAGUGCCAGACAUGGACUCUCACAGGAAUUUAAUGGAAGCUGUUCAAGUGCUAAAGAAAUUUGGUUCAAUUGAAAUUAUAAAGAAAAUGGCCAUUGUCUCUUUGGUUGGUAAACAAAUGAAGCAGUUCAUCGGUAUUGCCGGAGCCAUGUUUACUACUUUGGCAGAGCAGAAAAUCAAUAUUGAAAUGAUCUCCCAAGGUGCGAACGAAAUCAACAUUUCAUGUGUUAUAGAUGAGGCUAACAGUGUACGCGCUUUGAGAGCUAUACAUGCUAAAUUGCUAGAACCCGUAGAUCCACCUUCUGCUUCUUUAAACAUGUCAGCUUUUAAUGAUAAGCUUCAACAGGUUAAGCUAUUGGACUCGGCCUAG